CAGAUUGCGUCAGGAAUGAACCACUUGGCGUCGCUGGGCAUCGUGCACCGCGAUCUGGCAGCCCGCAAUGUGCUUGUGGAUAUGCACCAAGUUUGUCGCCUAUGCGAUUAUGGGCUGGCCCGUGAAGGAGCCGUGUAUAUGCGUGCCCACGCACGCUCCAUGCCCAUUGCUUGGAUGAGUCCCGAAGCCAUAUCACAUGGCACCUUUAGUCAGCAAUCAGAUGUGUGGGCAUUUGGCGUUGUCUUGUAUGAGAUUUACAGCUGGGGUGCACAACCUUACGGUGGCAUGGGGACAGAACAAGUUAUUGACUUUGUUCGCAAUGGGCGCCGGCUGCCCGCACCCGUGGGCACACCAGAUAGCGCCAAGCAGCUCAUGACGCGCUGCUGGAGUGCGCGCGCCGACGAGCGCCCAACCUUU